AUGCGUUGGACAAAAUCUAUGAACGAAAACGCAUUGCGGGCGUACUAUAGGGCGAAAGGGGAAGAAACUGUGGGAACAGCGUAUAGGUCUCGGAUGCAUUGCUUUUUUGCUGAGCUGGAGCCUUCUAUCCCCGUCACGGAACAAAACCUGGCAGACCGAGUUCGGUACAUCAUGCGCUCGAAAAUAUUUGAUGAUGCCGAACUCGAACGACUACGACGUGAGGCUAUUCCGUCGUCGAAUGAAUCGACUAUGGCUAGAGAUGCAGCUCCACAUUCGACAGACCAGCAUCCACACGUGGAAGCCGCCAUGGAUCUUCCAGUUGUGGUUGAUUCGGACGACGAUGAAAUAGUCUCCCACGAACUAGAGCAAAUGAGGAGUAUAUUGGAAGAGGCGAUUUUGGAAACGCGCAGCACCCCUCUCGAAAAUCGACCGCGACUUCCCCCGCAUACCCCUAAGCAAGCGAAAUCGGGCUGUCGUGAGGGCUCUUAA